AUGGCGCAACUUUUGCGUAAUGGGUUACCUGAUGAAUUCUUUAAAAUUAUAUUAAAAGAAACAAGUUUUAGAUUUAUGUAUUCCAUCCGUACGGUAGAUAAAAGAUGGAAUGAAUCAAUUAAUAAGGUUAUUCGUAAAGAAGCCGAAAACCGGCUUAAGAAGCUGUGUAUUGAAUACGACGCUAGCCAAUUAUCAACAAGAGGGCUAGAUGUGGAGUAUGAAUCUUUACGAAAAUCCUUCGUUAUCAACAUAGAGGAUGAUAAUUUCGCACAAUUGAUUGGUUUGAUUCACGAUGACACUAGACAACGUGAAGUCAAAAUUUCCUUUCACUACGACAAUGGGGCCACUCUGGCUGAAUUUAAUUUUGGUACUUUACAAUAUCGUCGUCUGAGAUCCUUAAAUGGAAGAUCAGAAAUUCAACAAAAUAUGAUUCACAAAAGCUGCGAUGAUUGCGAAUUGUAUUUCGAAAUUGAUCCAACUAAUACAGACUCUUUCUAUAUAAAGAUCGAGAAGUUGGUCAUGUCACUCAAGAAAAUGUGCGUGAUUCUGGACCUCUUGAAUGGGUAG